UUUCCCAAUUUUAGAAAUACAAUCUGGCUCUCGCUCAAAAGUAAUAUGGUAUUUCUCGAGCAAGCAGGCCAUUAGAUUGUGAUUGUGUUCCUGAGAUUCAAUGGAUUCAUCAUCCAGUUGCCCUUUCUGCGACCAAGUUGUUCCAUCAAAAGAACUUCAGAGCUUGGGUUUUCUGAACGAUUUAGGAAGGUCUCUUUAUGUUGUUGCCGUUGCAGGCAUGCUAAUGGUCACUUUGAAGAUGAAGACAAUGACGAUAAACAACGCCAACUUGCUAGGGACUUUGAGUUGGCCCAGCAGAUGGCUCUUUCCUCUACUCCUUACGACAAUGAUAAUCAAGAAACCAUUAAGCUUAAGGGAUCUUUGGAUAGCGGCAAGUUAAGUUGUGAGAGGGGGGCUUUGGUGAAGGAAAAGUUGAAUGUUGAUGAAAAGAUCUCUUCCCUGAUUGGUUUACAGAAUAGGAGUGGUUUUUAUAAGGUGGAAGGUGGUCUGAUGUCUUUAUUAAGAAAUUGCUUAGAAUUAGAAUCUAGUGAUUCGACUAGUGUUGUGUCAGGGUAUGUUGAUCAUUAUCAGAGUAUUGAAUUUGAGGAUCUUGGGUGGGGCUGUGGAUGGCGGAACAUUCAAAUGCUUUGCUCUCAUUUGAUAAUGCAAAGACCAGAAGCUAGAAACGUUUUAUUUGGUGGAUCAGGAGUUGUUCCUGAUAUUCUAUCACUUCAGAGAUGGCUUGAGAUUGCUUGGAAAAAAGGAUUUGAUGUACAUGGUGCAGAGCAUUUUAAUUACAAAAUUUAUGGCAGAAAAAAUUGGAUUGGAGCCACUGAAUGUGCUGCCCUUUUGCGUUCCUUUGGGCUUCAGGCAAGGAUAGUUGAUUUUGGUCCUAAAGAGUGCGAGGAACUUUAUCUCUCAGUCCCUGGUUCAAGUAGUGGGGCACAAAUGGUAAACUUAAUUGAUGCAAAUAAGAGAAAAACAGCUAAGGUUAAUGGGCCCAUGGAUAGGUUUCUUGUAAGUAAAAAUGACGGGGUUCCACAAACUGGUUCUAGUGGGCAUGAGAAGUCCAAAUAUUCUCGAAGUGUCUUGGAAAAUAAGUCCACUCAGAAAGCGAAAGGUCAUCAGGUUCUGGUUGAUUGGGUAUGGAAUUACUUCUCUGAUGGAAGGAUUUGCACGUAUAGUCACCAGCACGUUAAUGUUAGUGGAAAAACGCCAUUGUUCUUUCAGCAUGAUGGACAUUCUAGGACCAUUGUGGGGAUUCAAGUUAAACAGCAGCGUAAUGGAAUGCAGCAAUACAAUCUCCUGAUUUUGGACCCAGCUCAUAGUACUAAAGGCAUUGAAAAGUCCCUUAGAGAGAAUAAUGGAUGGCAGAAACUAAUAAAAAGAGGAACUCAUACGCUGAAUAAGCCACAAUACCAGUUGUGUUAUAUUGAUUCUGGAAUUGCUGCUGGGGCUGACUUGGAAUUGCUGAAGAAAAUUGAUAGCCUCUUUCUGGAGCUUUAGAUGAACAUAUUGUACCUUCUUUGUUCUCUGACACACAGGCCAUUGACGUAUAUUUAAUCUAAAAAGCUUUCAUUUGUAAGAACCUUGUUUUUCAACUAAUUAAUUAUUUUAGCGGUCUUUUAUAUAA